GGGAGAGGUCGCGGCGGCUUGGAGUCGGCGGCGGGGUGAGGGGAGACGGCAGCGCAGCCUCGAGUCGCAGGCCGACGCGUCCCCGCCAGCUCGGCCCCGUCCCGGGGGGACCCGCCGUCCAACGGGCCCGGGGCGAGAGGGCGCAGGGCCGUAACCGCCCGCGGCCGCGGGACCCAGCGACCCGGGGGGUCUGGGCUUGGACGUGUCGCCCAGCGGCGCUGGCCGCCCAGCAGGAGUCAGUCCCGGUGCUCUUCUGACGUCUCUGUAAUCGCUUACUUCGUGCUUGUAGCUAAACCCCGGAGGGGUUUUCAGGAGAAAACACUCAACGUUUUCAGUUAGUUCAAGCUCCAAUGUCCCGGAGACCAGAAAUAGCUGGAAUGCUAUCUUAAACCAAAAAUCUAUUUAAACAUUUAAUGCUGCUUAAAUGAAAGUUAUAUAAAACAUCCAAAACUCCACCUGAUAACUAUCCUAUUGAGACACUGGUCAAUAUGUCGCUCAAUCCAAGUCGACCUUCUUCAUCAGAGUUGGUGGAACUUCAUGUUUUUUAUGUCCCUGAAGGAUCGUGGAACUAUAAAUUAAAUACUAUUUCAAUAGAAGUUAUUAACAAGUUUAUUUCUGCUGGAUUUAUAAGAGUAUCUCCUCAACUUACUUUACAAGCUUUGAGGGAGCGCCUUGGUGAGUUUCUUGGUGUAGAUGCUGUUGCAGAAAAAUUUUUAUUUCUGAAAUGCAUUGGAAAUAAUUUAGCUGUGGUGAAGGAAAAGCAAGAAUCAGAACUGAAACUCAAAGCAUUUGCUCCUCCAUAUGCUCUUCAACCAGAAUUAUAUUUGCUUCCUGUAAUAGAUCACUUAGGAAAUGUUUAUUCAGCAUCGUCAACAGUUACUUUAGAUGAACGGCAAAAUAAUAAUGAUACUACAGAGAUUAAUGGAGUAAUCCACAGAUCAGAUAGUGUAACUUUACCAAAGGAUGACCCUGGAGAUCCAGCUGAGGAAAGCCAGACUACACAAAAUCACCAUGGGAAUUCCGAGUUGCCAGGAUCAUUGGAAGAGUCAAAUGAUUGUUUUGGGAACCUAAAAAGUCCAUUUCUUUGGAAAGAUGGUGAUGAUGAUACAACUAUCAAUAGACAGCAGGCCAAACAGGUGGGUGACAAGGAGUACACCCCCUUACCAGAUCUUAUUGACUUUCCUUCACUGCCUUCUCAGCGAGGUUCUUCAAGGUUAAUUGAUUCCUCUUUGUUAAAAAUUGAGAGAGAGAAGAUUAUUGAACAAAUGAAACAAGUGAAGGAAGAGAGAAAAUAUCUGGAAAAUAUUAGAGAAGAACUAAUUAAGAAAGUUGAAAAACUAUUUGAACAAAAUAAAUCGAAACGAUAUCAUGCCUGUGAUAGCUGGAAGAAAAAAUACUUUGACAGCAAGAAAGUCACAGCAUCAUUGGAGGAAGUUUUAACAAAACUUCGAGAAGAUUUGGAACUUUACUAUAAAAAACUCCUGAUGCAGCUAGAAGCCAGGGAAAUCAAGAUGAGACCAAGGAAUCUGGCAAACAUCUCAGAUUCUAAGAAUUAUCUUAUAAUCCAGAUCACUGAAGUACAACAUGCAAUUGACCAACUUAAGAGAAAAUUGGACACUGAUAAAAUGAAACUUAUAUUAGAAGUUAAGAUGAGAAAACAAGCAGUUUCAGAUUUACAAACACUGAAAGCGGAACUGACACAGAAGAAAAUGAGCUCAUCUUUCAAAUCUCCACUGUGGAGCAUUGGCUGCUGCAAUACAUUCUGACCAGAUCUGACUUUGCUCAUCGUAAGACAUCACGAAGAGAAAAUCACAGGCACCUGCAAUUCCGGUAUAAUUAUAGCACCUUUUGUCUAUGUUCUGUGGUGACCAAGCUACAUCAAAAGUUACCUGUGGAAAAAACCUACAUAUUAUUUUAUAUAACAUGAUAAAGUAUAUCAGAUUCUUAUCAUACAUUCUCUUGCCUCAUUCUACCUAAGGAUAAAGAACUGCUUACAAUGUCUGCAUAUGUAAUCUGACACAUGUAGAAGAGGUCUAAUAAGGCCUAAUAAAUAUAUUUUGUUACUACAUUGGACUGGCCUGCACAUGUAUCUGGGUACA